AUGGCUGCCACAUCUGUGAUCUGUCCUUGGACUUUCUUGGAUGAAGGGGCCUCAAUAAAGAGAUCCUACACAUAUGUGGUUCGCCCGUCUUCCAUUCCCAUUGUGGAUUUACCAACGCCGGUUGUACAGGAUGGGAAAACUACUGUUAUGAUAUCUGAGGAAGCCUAUCAGUCUGGGCUGGAUAAGUGUAAGCACAUGUUGCUUGGUCGCCUGCAAUUGGCCUUCGGGGAUAAGCCGUAUUCUCCACCCGAUCUGCAGCGUAAGCUUGGGGUUAUUUGGAGCGGUCUAGGUAGUUGGACGAUCAUCCCAAUGGGGAAGGGAUAUUACUCGUUCAAUUUUGCCUCGGCAGAUUCACUGGCUAGGGUUUGGGCGCAGGGUGCUAUCGCUCUCAAGCCUGGUACGUUGAGGUUUAUGAAAUGGGUUCCGAAUUUUUCCCCGGCGAGUCAAAAGAACACGAAUGCGCAGGUGUGGGUUAGAUUUUGGAAUCUAGGGCUGGAAUUCUGGGAAGCGCGGACGUUAUCCGAGAUUGCUAGUGGUAUUGGCGCUCCCGUGAAAAUUGACCCCAACACUUUGGAACGCAAGUAUGGUCUGUUUGCUAGGGUUCUUGUGGACGUUGAUCUCUCUGUUGACCUUCCUUUGGAGGUUGUGAUUAAGCGUAAGAAUGGAGAAAUUUUUGUGCAAGCGGUGGAUUAUGAGAAGCUUCUUGACCUUUGUUCCCAUUGUGGUAAUGUGGGACAUCGUGUCACGGAUUGCAAAUUUGUAAAGCCCUCUGCCAAUGAAUCUACUGAUUCAAGGUAUGUUCGCGGACGCUCUAGAAGGCGUGGAGCUAAACAGUCCCGACGGAGGGUUGUUUCCCAGGUGUAUGUUCCGAAGCAGCGCCCCGGUAAGGAGAUUAUUGUUCAGGCCACUCCUACUCCGAUUAUGGACGAUGGUGAAGGCCCUUCUUUUGUGCAGAAGUCGCCAAUUGUUCAGGAAAAUCAUGAUACGGAUGGCCUGGAUAAGUGUCUUCCUCUUGAGCAAGAGGCCACUCCCGAAGGUUGCAUGAGAGAUGAGGCUAGUGGGGUGGAGCUGGUUGUUAGUACUGUGAGUGUACCUAUUGAGGGUGCAACGCUGCAGGUGGUGGAUAAUGUGGUUCCCCAGAUUCUCUAUUGGAAUUUGCGGGGUAUUUCUAAUGACCCCACUCAAAAUGCUCUUAGAAAGUUUGUUAUGGAUAAUAAUCCUGAUGUGUUGUGUAUUUCGGAGCCUUUUGUCUCUUUUGAUUCGGUUCCGCUUAGUUUUUGGAGGUCUCUGAAUUUGGUAGCGGUGUGUACAAAUGACAGGGGUUCUUCUAUUCCUAAUUUGUGGGUUCUCUGCAAAUCUUCUAUACAUCAUGUGGUUAACGUGCUUUCUAGGUCUGAUCAACAAGUCUCUAUUCAGGUGACUUUUGAUUCAGUUAAUUGUGUGCUAACCUCUGUUUAUGCUCGUACAAGUAUGGAGAAUCGGCGUCGUCUUUGGAUUGAUAUUGCUUCUAUUAAGAAUAACUUUGUUUCUGGACCUUGGAUUGUAUUUGGUGAUUUCAAUGCAAUUCUUGGGGCUCAUGAGAAAAAGGGUGGUGCGCCAGUUUGUCAGAGAUCUUGUGAGGAGUUUCAAGCUAUGUCUGAUAUCUGUGAACUUUUUCAUACUGACACUAAAGGGGCUGAAUUUACUUGGGUUCGUCGGAGAGGUGUUAGGGGGAAUGUAGAGGUAAGACUUGAUCGUUGUCUAGAAAAUCUCGCUUGGAUGGAUAGCUGGGAUACGUUUGAUUGCUGCACCUUACCACGGAUAUGCUCUGAUCAUAAUCCACUACUUAUGUCUUUUUCUAAUGCUUUUGGGGCACAUCAAAGUCUAUUUCGGUUUCGGAGAAUGUGGUUAGAGCAUGGUAGCUUUCAUGGGUUUGUCAAGCAAUGUUGGGAUGCAAUUACGGUGCACGGAUACCCUCUUACAAUUUUACAACAUAAAUUGAGAGUUUUGCGUCAAGCACUUCGGUCUUGGAAUUGGGAAGUUUUUGGUAAUGUUCACAGGCGUGUUGACUCGGACCUUGCAGAUUUAGUUGCUCUUCAACAACAUAUUUCUACUACUGGGGGGUCUGAUGCAGAUUUUACCAAGGAAUGUGAGCUUCAGGCAAACUUGACUGAGUCCAUGCGUUUACAAGAGAUGUUUUGGAAGGAGAAAUCUCGGUUGCGUUGGCUUUCAGAGGGCGAUCGUAACUCAUCUUUCUUCCAUGUUAUGUGUCGGGUGCGACGCUCUUGUUCUUCCAUCACUCUACUUAGAGAUGGUGAUCAGGUUUUUCAGGAUCCUCUUACUAUUCAGAAUCAUAUUGUGGAUUUUUAUUCGCACCUCUUUGCUAAUCAUGCAGAUUGUUAUGAUUCGGGUCUCAUUAGUCGUGUCAUUCCUUCUUUAGUAACUAUCGAGGAAAAUGAGGCUCUAACAGCUAUUCCAUCACCAGAGGAAAUCUUCUUAGCAAUGAAAAAUAUGGACCCAGACAAUGCACCUGGACCUGACGGUUUUAAUGGACAUUUCUUUGUUUCUUGUUGGGAGAUCGUGGGUGCUUGUGUAAUUGAGGCAGUUCAGUCUUUUUUCGAGCAUGGUUCAUUGCCACCUUCUUUUAAUUCAAGCUUGAUUAUUCUUAUUCCCAAGGUGGAUCAUGCAGACUCUAUUAAGAAAUUUCGGCCUAUUGCAUUGGCCAAUUUCGUAUUCAAGAUUAUCCCAAAGAUUAUCUCUAUCCGGCUGGCUUCCAUUGCUUCACGGAUUAUUUCUCCUCAACAACAUGCUUUUGUUCCAGGGCGGAACAUAGCGGACUGCAUUAUUACUACUUCAGAGUGUAUUAAUCUAUUGGACUCCAAAUGUCAUGGUGGAAAUGUUGCAAUUAAAAUGGAUAUUGCCAAAGCCUUUGAUACUCUUUCCUGGGAUUUUAUUUUGAAGGUUUUGGAGGCCUUUGGCUUUCACCCUAUUUUUGUGCAUUGGGUUAAGGUGUUAUUGCAUUCGGCGAAACUCUCUCUGUUAAUUAAUGGGAGGUCGGUGGGUUAUUUUUCCUGUGGUCGUGGAGUGCGCCAGGGAGAUCCUUUGUCCCCUCUUCUUUUCUGCUUGGCAGAAGAGGUUCUUAGUAGGGGUCUCUCUGAGUUGUUGAGUAGUGGUCGGUUGCACCCUAUUUCUUCCCCAAGGGGGGCAUUGGCUCCUUCACAUGUUUUAUUUGCUGAUGAUGUGAUAGUUUUCUGUCGAGGAGAUAAACGCAGUUUGGAGUUGGUUAUGACUUUCUUUGAGGAGUAUGGGCUUAAUUCAGGGCAAAGAAUUAACAAGUCUAAGUCUCACGCUUUUCUCAGCAGACACAUUCUUUACCGAAGGCAUUCUAUUAGUAGUUCUCUCGGCAUUCCUAUUGGGGAGUUUCCUUUCUCUUAUCUAGGUGUGCCUAUUUUCCGUGGGAAGCCUCGUGUCUCAUAUUUCCGGCCUUUGGUGGAUAAAAUUCGGGUGCGUCUCUCUAGUUGGAUGGGCUCUCUACUCUCUAUGGCAGGCCGUCUUCAAUUGUUGAAAUCGGUUUUUAACAGCAUGCUUGUUUAUUGUUUCCAAGUGUAUGAAUGGCCUAUUUCUUUGUUGCGUCGGAUGGAAGUCUGGUGUCGCAAUUACCUAUGGUCUGGCUCUAUUGAUAAGCGUGGUAUCCCUUUAAUUGCUUGGAAAACUUGUUGUUCACCGGUUGAGGAGGGUGGGCUAGGCCUUAAGCAGUUGAUUGUUCUGAAUCGCUCUCUGCUUCUUAAGCGGAGUUGGGAGGUUUUUUCUUCUCCUUCAUUGGGUAGUUCUUUUCUUCGAGGUCGGUUUUGCCGUAAUGGAGUUUUGCGUCGUUCAUAUGCUAGUUCCUCUAUCUGGCCGGGUGUGAGGCGCUUCUGGGAUCUAAUUCAGGAGAACUCAAGGUGGAUUAUUGGCUCGGGUGAGAAAAUUUCUUUCUGGCGCGACAAUUUUUUGGGAAAGCCUCUUCUCCAUUUUUUUGGGCCUCACACAAAUAUGUCUACUAUUGCUGAUUGGUUGGUGGCAGAUUUUAUUCAUAAUGGAGCUUGGCGUCUUCCUGCGUUACUCCACAAUCAUUUUUCUGACUUGUGUGAGUUAAUUAGAGCGGUGCCUAUUGCUAUGGUUCCUAACAAACCCGACAAGUUGAUUUGGUCUCCAUCCUCUUCUGGUGUGCUAACAGCGAAGGAGGCUUUUCACUUCCUACGCCCACAUCUUCCGCUCACAGAUUGGGGUAAGCUUAUUUGGACAAAAUUUAUUAUUCCUAGAAUCUCUCUUCAUGUGUGGAAGGUCUUACGGGGUAGGGUGUUGUCAGAGGACUUGUUGCAGCGUCGGGGUAUUUGUUUGGCUUCUCGCUGUGUUCUUUGUGGUUUAAAUGAAGAGUCUUUGAUUCAUAUUUUUAUGACUUGUCCAUUCUCUGCUUCAUUAUGGGAUAGCUGGGUGGUAGUUUUUAAUUUGACCUAUAUGCCAGCUUCAUUGUUGGAUUUAUUAAACUUGGGGUGUGUUGGUCGUAGCUCCCAAGUAAAGGAAGUUUGGCUUAUUUGUUUUACCACUACUUUGUGGUUUAUAUGGAGAGCUAGAAACAAAAUGAAGCAUGAUAAUUGUGUGGUUACUGUGGAGGCCACGAAGAGGUUAAUUAUGGGUCAUGUUCAAGCUGCUAGUAAACUAGCCACAGGAAGUAUGUUUAAUUCAGUGGUUGAGCUUCAAAUCUUAAAAUUUUUUGGAAUUAGUUGUCGUCCUCGUCGGUCUCCAAGGAUUAUUGAGGUUAAUUGGAUUCCUCCAAUUAUGGGCUGGGUGAAGAUUAAUACAGAUGGUGCAUGGCAACGUGUUUCGGGAAGAACAGGUUGCGGGGGAGUGUUUAGGGACUAUCAGGGCUCUUUUAUGGGUGCUUUUGCUUCUAAUCUUGAGAUUCCUAGUUCCGUCGAUGAGGAGAUCAUGGCGGUUAUUCAGGCAAUUGAGCUUGCUUGGGUUAGGGAGUGGAAGCACAUUUGGCUUGAGGUUGAUUCAGCUAUGGUACUUAAUUUCCUUCGUGCACCCCAUCUUGUUCCAUGGAGGUUCCGUGUUGCUUGGGAUAAUUGUUUGCACCGUAUCUCGCAAAUGCAAUUAAAAUCUUCUCAUAUUUUUAGAGAGGGAAAUCAGGUGGCAGAUGCGCUUGCUAAUGUUGGUUUGUCAUCGUCAGGCUUGGUGUGGUGGAAUGAGGCUCCUCCUUUUCUUCUGGAUCUUUGUCGACGAGACUCACUUAGUCUUCCCAAUUUUCGGUUUAUUUGA